GUCGCCCCUCGUGCUCAUUCCACUUCUAGCCUUAUUCCCCGCGCCAUGUGGCUCUGUCCCCUGGCAAUCUCGCAAUCAUCCCAGCCCACUCCGCGUGUACCUCCCGGUCCCAUGGGCCGAAAUAGGAUGAGCAAGCGGGACGUGUGGGUUAUACUUCGUGGAGUUUCGGGGUGAUAACAGUCCAUGCUCGGGAAUUUGCCUGCAGAACGACACCGAGGGCCACCAAGACACGACUCGACAUGACCAGACAAUAUACCGAGCAUCUCGGCCUCCGCCCCGGUCUACUGGGACCAGGGAGAAUCGGGUAGGGUCAUACGACCAUGUGCCUCGCUUCAGCUGUGGACGGAGCACAUGUCGAGCAACCAACAAUCUCCGCAACGAUUUUUAUAAAGCACGUCUCUUUCCCCCCUCCCCAGAGAAGCUCUCCAGACCCCUCAGUUCACCCUCCAGACUCUCCUCCAACCUUCUUUCUCCGAGUUCUCGUGUCGAUUCAUUUUCAAAGUCCUUCAACCAGUAAUCAAUAUGGGCAGUGUUCAAGAGGUCUUCGUUGGUUCUAUUGACCAGGGAACCACCAGCUCUCGGUUCUUGAUCUUCAACAAACAAGGCGAGCCUGUGGCCUCUCACCAGCUUGAAUUCAAGCAAAUAUAUCCUCAGCCAGGGUAAGGACAGGCCAUCUGUUGAAUUUGAGAACAGCCUGUAAAUUGACUGAAUGACCUCUAGUUGGCACGAACAUGAUCCUCUCGAGAUCGUGGCUGGAGUCGAGGAAUGUAUCGACGGAGCGGUCAAGCAGUUCGAGAAUCAAGGCCACAACAUCAACAGCAUCAAGGCCGUUGGCAUCACGAAUCAACGUGAGACCACCGUCGUGUGGGACAAGGAGACCGGAGAGCCUCUGUACAACGCAAUCGUCUGGACAGAUACCCGUACCCAGGGUCUAGUCCGCAAACUAAAGCAACGCCUGGGUGCUGACAAACUCACCGACAUCUGUGGCCUUCCCCUAUCGACAUAUCCCUCAGUCGGCAAGCUUCUAUGGCUCCUCGAAAACGAGCCCAAAGUCAAGGCAGCCUAUGAGAAGGGCACUUUGGCUUUCGGAACCAUCGACGCAUGGCUCGUCUUCAAGCUGAACGGAGGCCUCAAGAGAAACAUCUUUGUGUCCGACCCUUCCAACGCCAGCAGGACGAUGUUCAUGAAUAUCAAGACUCUCAAGUACGACGAGUCACUCAUCGAUUUCUUCCGUAUCGACCGCACCAAGGUGCACUUCCCCAAGAUUGUGCAUUCCUCCGACCCAUCCGCAUAUGGCUCUCUUGCUUCCACGGUGCUCAAGGGCGUCCCAAUCACCGGCUGCCUUGGUGACCAGUCCGCGGCGCUCGUCGGCCAAAAGGGCUUUACCCCCGGCUUGGGCAAGAACACGUACGGCACGGGCUCCUUCAUCCUCUACAACGUGGGUGAGAAGCCCGUCAUCUCGACCCACGGCCUGUUGACCACCGUGGCCUUCGACUUUGGCGGCAACAGUAAACCCAUGUACGCGCUCGAAGGGUCCAUCGCCGUCGCCGGGUCCAGCGUCAAGUUCCUUGUCGACAACUUUGGCUUCAUCGAGAACUCGAGCAAGAUCAGCCAGUUGGCCGAGACGGUCGACGACAACGGCGGUGUCACCUUCGUCACCGCCUUUAGCGGCUUGUUCGCGCCAUACUGGAUCGAUGACGCCAGAGGGACCAUCUUUGGAAUCACGGCGUUCACGAACAGAGGGCACAUUGCCCGUGCCACACUCGAGGCCACCUGCUUCCAGACAAAAGCCAUUCUCGUGGCCAUGGAGAAGGAUUCGGGCCACAAGCUCACGGAACUGGCCGUCGACGGCGGCAUGUGCAAUUCCGACCUCACCAUGCAGACGCAGUCCGAUCUGAUCAGCAUCCCCGUCAAGAGACCGGCGAUGCGCGAGACCACGGCUCUAGGAGCUGCCAUCGCGGCCGGUCUCGCCGUAGGUGUGUGGGACAGCAUCGACGAGCUCAAGGCCGUCAACACCGAGGGCGUCACGACGUUCAAGCCUGCCAUCUCCAAGGAGGAGAGUGCGUCGCGCUUUGCUCGGUGGGAAAAGGCCGUGGAGAUGAGCAAGGGUUGGGCCAACUGAUCUUCUGUCAUUCUCCCAGUACGGUGUGGAAAGCGGCGAUACCUGUUUUCCUCUUUAUUGUAGCGUUUGGCGUUGUAACGGAAAAUCGGGACUGGCCAAAAACGAAAAAGAUUUCCCGGCAUGAUUCUUAUCUUUCAGGGGCCCUUUUGUGUUUGCAAGUGCAAAAAGAACUCUGGAGGACAGAGAGACAGGGGGGGGGAAAGAGUCUGUACGACAUACAAACAAGUAGUGCCCUAUGAUGAUGACCUUCUCCGAA